GGGCCCCGCCAGGCCCCGCACUGCGGGGAGGAGCUCGCUGGCACCUGGUGUGAGGGUUCAGGCACCUCUGCGAGACAGCGGCCGUGUUGUGGGCAGCUCUGUGCGGUCUGUGCCCUGCGCCUGCCCUGUGCCUGCAGCCGCACUGAGAGGGAGUGCAGGGGGCUGCUAGGAACAGGGGGUGCUCGGAGUUUUUCCUCAGGAUUUCAGGCGUCUCAGGGCCCAUUAAGUGCUGUCAGUUCAUAGGGAAACUUAGGGGUGUUGAUGCUCCUUGAGCUGGGAUUAUGUUGGAGAAUUUCUGGAUAAUUGUUUUAGGGUUUUGGUUGGUUUUAUUCAUAGAAGUGUUCUAAAGGAGGGCCUUGUAGAGGUUCUCCUAGUAAAGGUCUUGUAAAGGUUUAUCUUAUACUUCUCUGUAAUACUAUUCUUAUAGCUGAGGAUUUGCAGCGGACUCCCAAAUCGACUGACUUUCUCCCGUGCUUCUUGUAGGGGGGAAACUGCAGUGUUUGGAACAACAUUUGCUGGUUUUGUUGGCCUAAACAAAAGAAAACUAUAUUUCUUCAGUUUAAUUAAGGGGGUCCUCAUUGGCUCCUUGCACAGUGAAUUAUGCACCAGAGGGAACAGUUUAUAGUAGCACUUCCAGGCUUUCUCCGUAUUCAAAUGUUGUAACAGCUUUAGCUACUACACCUUUACAGUUUAAAGCAGUACUUUUCGGUAGCAGUGUGUAGUUUAGGAAGGGUGUAGGAGGGAGUCUUAAGAUCUACUAGUGUAUGCUUAUUGGCAUAAAGAUAUUUUAUACCUGCUGCUAAUAUCAUUCUGACAAGUAGUGUUAAAAACAUAUUAAAAAAAUUAGAAUGUCACCUUUAAUUGAUGGAGUCACGUUGGCAUAAAAAUUUGGUUAGCCAGCAUUUAAAUUAGUGGUGUGCAGACCUCUAAUGAACUUGUCACUAUGUAACUAGUAUAAUUUUUAAUUGAAUAGUUUGAUGUAGAUCUUCAUUUGUGUUUUUUUAUGAGAGCUUAAGACUGAAGUCUGACUAAAGUUCAGACUAUGAAGGUGUCUUAUUGUAAUUCUGCAGGUCUGGGACUGUCUCAAAUAGUGCUUACACAGUAAUGUUACACAACAUUUUAUGAAGACUUUUUUCCAUAAAAAUCACCUAGAGCUGUCUCACAGUAUGUCCAGUGUAGGUAGGCAAAAUAAAUACACAGUUGAUGAAGUAGACAGUUGAUGUCUUGUACGAACUUAUAUUAUUGGCUGUCUACGAGACUAGGAAUUUAAAUUGAACAAUACUGUAGGAAGUAGCAUCAUAACAGAAAGAGUGAGGCUUAUUAUUCUGAGAAUAACUUUUUGUGAGAAACAGCACAGUUCUGCCUGCUUGGUCUUCUUGGAAACACUUAACUAAAGAACCAGCAGACGUAUUCUGUGUAGCAAUUCUGUACUGGUAGAUUGGUGUUUAUCAGAUUGGAGGGGGUACGUGAAUACUCCAGUCAUGGCCCUGAGCAGAGCUGUUAGGCCCUGUGCAAACAACUGUGUUCCAGGUUGUGCUUCUUGACUCCAGCACCCAGGUGAAAGGAUGACAUAGACACUGAAGUGGGACUAAAUGACAGGCUGCAGCUUUUAGAGGCAGUAAAUACACGUAUGGACAGCUUCCAGUGCCCAGGUGUAGGAUUCUGUACCUAUACUUGUGGUAUGUCAAAAUCCUCUGUUUGGUUAGGGGAAAGGUCGGGAGACUUCACAGAGAUUUGAGGAUGCCCAUCCAGAAACAUGAGAUUCAAUGUCCUGUUUUUCUGCCCAUGUACACAACUGCUCUUGCUCAACCUUCCAGUGGCUGUGGUCAGGUGGCUUGUCCAGCACAGUAAGUGCCAUGGCACAGCCUCCCACAGCUGGGGCCUGGCUCCCACCUGUCCAUGCAGCACUGCUGGCUCUGGCUUAGUCUCACCAGUGUCCGUAUGGCCAGAGCCUUGUGCCUUUAGGACAGAGAUUGUCUGUCUUUGUCCCAUAUCUGGACAAAGCAGCCUGUUGGGCUCUGUCCUUUUAGGUAACUUGAGAAGUGUUUCUGUUCAGCACUCAGGGACACCACCCUGGCAGUAUACAUUGGAGGGCUGAGAGCAGUCAGCCUUUCUUACCCACUCUUCAUCUGAGCUGACUGAGCAGCACCUGUAGAAGUGGUGUCCUUCACCUUCCCUGUUAGUGUGUUACUGCUUCAUCUCAUCCUGAGGACAAUGGUGUGCCCAUGAACCAAGGCAGAGCAGUAAGCUGGUCCAUUUUGCUGUGAGCCAUCUUCAGGAGAAGAGCUACUGCCUGUACAAUUCUGAAUGACCUAAUGAAUUUAGAACUGUGGGUGGUACUCGAGGCAAGUGUGUGAUUCUCUUUGUCCAGAGCCAAGUGCUAACCUUGUCUCUAUUUACCUUAUCUAUUACAUUGUCCAGUUUGUGUUCUCUGAAGAAUAUUUCUGUGCUGAUAAAUACUUAAUUUCUUACUGCAAACCUCAGCUGACAGGAAGUUGUAAAAUUUAAUAUUACAAGAAUUUCGUGUCUGACGCUGUCUCCUGUAAUGUUAGUAUACUUCAUGACAUUGUUAUGUAGUGUUUAACUCAACAAGCUAUUUUGCAAGGCCAGCUAUUUAUGCAUGUAUUCUGUGGUGAAUAUGCAUGUCUGUAGCAGUUUGUUGAUAUUAAAUAUUUGAGGUUUGGUUGUCCCAUAGUACAGCUUUAGAUUCUUGGCAUUACACUAAGGAUGGAGUAGUCAGAGUGCUAGACAAGACGGUGCAUGAUUUUGUUUCCUCUCCUAGCUUACCAGAGAUCCCUUUGAACUAAAGCUUUAAAUCACUUUUAACUAGAGCCAUGAAAAAAAUAUUCAAGAAUAUGAACUACUCUGAGAACAAGGUGUGAAAUUUAUUAUGUAGCUCUUGAUAUUUUACUCGUGUUUUAUGGUGCCAAUGCAAAUAUACAGUAUGAAUAGAGCUUCUGCCCCAGACCAGAGUUAAGAAUGCUAAACAACUGGCUGCUUUAUGUUGUCCUUUUUUAUUUGGAAAAGCCCUGAUUUUUGAUGUUUCUUUCACCUGUCAGGUUAGCAUGAAUUACCGUUUUAUCUCCUGCAAUCUUCUGUAUAUUGACCUUCUGCCUGCAUGCAAAUACUGGAAUUAUUUUAUCCACUAAAAGAACAUUAUAGAGCGUGGAAAACAGCUUCAAUUUUGUGUUGCUUGUGAUUUUUCUCUUGGAUUUUAUAUCCCAACAGACUUUGUAAAUGUUUUUGUUCUGUUCCACUGCAGCCAAGUGGAUUUCACAUCAGUUUGAAACAGAAGCUUGCAAGUGUCCUGACUUUCUUACUUUGUGUGCCCUCUCUUAGAGAAACUGCUGUGGAAAAUAAAAUGUAGUUGAAGGACAUGUUUGUUUACAUUAUGCAGAAACGGUGGCUAUUUACUUUAAUUGCUUUUCUCUUUAAUUUAGAUUUUUUUGGUAGUAUACCUGUGUGCCAUUGCUGUUGGUGGGUUAAAAUGCGGUUCUGUGUAUUUGUAGAUUUUUGUUGUAAUUAACUUUUGUUUUCUUGCCAAACAAAGAGAAAUACUUAUGAUUUUGCCUUUUAAGUUUUAGCCAUGUAUUUGUUGAAUACUAGCAGUAAACCAAACAUUUGUAGGUGUCUCGUGGUUCCUUUCAUGGAUACAGCCCAAGGUGGGAUGAUUCAGAAAGCAGAACUCCCCUGGCCAUUCGUGUCACAUCAAGGCGUGACAGAAGUGGCAUCGGGUGAGGGUGCCCGAGCCUCUGGGAUUGAACUGACGUCAGCGGGGUCCUUGGGAAGUGCAGGGGUGCUUCCCGCAGCCACAGCUCUUGCUGGAGUCUGAAUGCAGUCAGUGUAAAGGCCUAGACUUUAUGGAGGUUGAUACUAUUUUAGAAAAGGCUUUUACCUGUCACAUGCAUGAGAACUUAACAGGCUUUUCUUUGAGUCCUGUCUGAAACAAAAGCACAGAUGUCACAUCAUUCAAAUUGCUUUACUUAGCAGUGAAACUAGCAGGAAUCGGAUCAUCUGUAUCAGUGGCUGGGAAGGGAAAGGUGAAAAGCAGUUGCUCAUUGAGGAGUGACUGGGUGAAUGCCUUCCUUGGGGGCCACAAGGAAUUUUGGGCAGCAAAACUCAUCGUGCCCUGCUUGUCUCGCUGGUGGCCGCUUGUGACCUUCGAGCCAAGUCCAGGAACAGGGCUCUAGUAGGAAUCCUCUGCUCUCCCAUCCAGGCAGUGUGGGACAAAGGUUGGUGCUGUUUCCCAUGAACAUUAUCCAGGAGAGUGGAGCCCUCAUUUGGCUGUUAGCUUGUCCACAAAAUGUUGUUGACCAGUGUGCAGACCUUAUCUUUGAAUCUGGGGUGACUAAAAAUGAAGUGCAGAAGAUAAGGAAAAACAAUGCUGUAAUCAGAGUUGCUAGAGAAGUUCUAGCAUUUUUUGUUCCUAAGACUAGGAAAAAAAAAGUACUUGGGGAAAUAAAAGUCCAAGUAUUUUUCUUUUUUUAUUUGUAGUCUUUCACUGAAGUAUCUGAUCAAGAAAAGGUUAUUGAAUUAGAAUAUUCAAAUUUGGUACUUUAUGGUAAGAGGCAAAUCUUCAUUUUAAAAUCAGUGUUAUACAACCAGAUGUUAAUUAGAAUGAGUGUAGUUUUAUGAACCUACACAAAGUAACUUUUCAUUUGGAGAAGUUAUUCUGUAUUUUAAAAGUAAGGUUAUCUGUCUUGUGACAUCCUUAUUAUGAAAGGUAGCUUGGAUACCACACAAACUUGAUCAAAGGCUUGCAGAACUGCAUUUUUCCUUUUCCUCUUAACCCAAGAAAUAACAGUACAAAUUUGUUUCAUUUGCUUUCCACUGGUUUUCAUUUGUAUACAUAAGCAAGACAUGUAUCUGUUAAAUAAAAUUCUAUCUUCCAGUGUUAAAGUUGAGAUGUUUUAAGUGGAUUGUGUUGCAUUACAGUGAGCACAGUUUCAUUGUCAGGUAUUUGUUGCCCGAUGACUGUAGGAUUAAAGGUUGUGUGCUGCUCUGUAUUGCACUUAAAACAAUAAUAGACUGUUAGUGCUCAGUGUCUAGAAAUAGCCCUUAAAAGUGCAGGUUUGGAACCUGUUCGUGUUUGAAGUGUGGGUUUUUAAUGUGCUGAAAGAAGAGCUAUAAUAGAAUAAUAAUAACUCAGCAGUAAUUCUAAGCAGUAAUUCUAUCUCUUGCUGUCCUGUAGUAGGCCUGCAAAGAGUGUCCAGUCACUUAGGUUGUGGAGUGUCUUGUCCACAUUGGCAAGAUUCUGUAGAAACAUUCAUCAAGUAUAAAGAAAGGGCUUUGGCACUUCUUCACUAAAAAUAAACUCAUAUUUGUCCAGGAAAAAUAUGAUUAUUCAAGAAAAAGAUUAUGUCUGAGCAGUGUGAUUUGUUGCAUCUUAUACCUUACUGAAUGUUGUACUGAUGAGUGUAAUUAGCUGCUUGAUUCUUUGCAAUUUUGAUCUUUUAAAAAGGUUUUAUGUUGUUACUAUCACUUAGGGAGCCCCAAGCAUGGGAAGAUCUCAUGUACAUAUGUAGAGUUUAAAUUUUAUCAUGAAAGGCAUUUAAGCUGCAGGUUUUUGAUCUAACAAAUUGCACAAAUUGCAUGAGAUGCAAAACACACCACCUUCUGUGGUCCUGGGCCUUGAUGGUAAAGCCUAUUUAAACCUGUUCCUUCACUUUUUGUGGGAUGUCACUGCUUUUGGAGUUCACCCUUGCAGGAGCAGGGCAGAACAAAGGCUCUUGUGGUUUUACAGAGUACUUGCUAUUAAAUGGGCUAUGCAUACUUAUGUGUACAUGUUGAAAAAAACCCCAAAAACUAAAGGCACCAGCUUUGUGAAGAAAAGAAAGAAAAAAAGAAAAGAAAAGCUAAAAUAAUUAAGUAUGGCUGCCCUAUAGUGAAACUGAGUCUGUGGUGAUGCAGUAGUCUGGCUGUGUGGAACUGAUUAGAGGAAGCUGAUAAUUGAUAAAGAAAAUUAAAUUUGGGAUUGUUUCGUCUUCAUUUGGGAUUUCAUUCAAUGGUUUGUUUUAAUAUAUCUGAGUUUGCAGUACAUUUAAAAAAGCUGCAACUAAAAAUCCAUUAGUCAUUUCUGGAAGUCAUUCCACACGGCUUUGUCAGUGUAAGUGAUUUUUGUGAAAGUCUGAGCUCAGUAGUGCAAGGUGCUGAAUGUCUGGUGUGGAGCCUAGUGUGCACAAAUGGGGUGCACAGGACCUGCUCCGAUGGCCUGGCCUUUACCUGGAACCACAACUGAAAAUCUCAGUUUCAGAAAUGUGUUUGUAGCCAAAGGUCCAGUGUGACAAACUUGGUCAAGAAACUGAAAUAAUGCAGCAACACAUAAUAGCUUUAAAAAUGGUACAGCCUAAUUAAUAUCACUCUGUUUGAAGUCUGCAGUCUGAGCUAAAAGUUUGACUUCAGUUAAGUGUUGUAGAUACAGGGUGGGUUUGGUUUGGGUCCUUUUUUUUUUUUUUUUUUUUAAUUAAAGGAUGCUUAAACUAAGGGUAUUGUUCUAUUUAGUAUAUUAUGUGGGUGUCAGCUUAAACCAAAUGUGAUGCUUUUGUAUUUUUUUUAAUGGUGUAACUCUGAAGCUGGUAACUUAACUAUUCUUACAAAUAAUAGUGUUCACACUCAUUGUCAUCAAGCCACAGAAAACUGAUCCUGACUUUUAGGACAGAUGAAUUUGUGUUUGAAGCAUUAGUUCUUUUUUCUAAUGAUAAUGUAAUUGAACACUAAUUAUCCUUUGGAAUUAAGAGCGUGACCACAUACUGCUCUUAAAUCAUUCACUCUUUGGCUGAAUUUUAUCAUGUCUUGGGAUUUUUUUUGCCCUUUUUCUCCAUAUUCCCUGAGAAGGAGCUGUUGAAAGUACGAAUACAAUAAUGAACAGAGUAUACAAGCUUUGGUUAGAAUACAAGGUAAGCUAAAAAUGAAAUAUUUGUGCCAUGUAAGAAAUCCAAUACUGACUUAGAAUUUUGUCAGAACUUUAAUUUACCAAGUUGUAACGUUGGGAGUCUUUGCUUUGACCAUAUUGUGAGUGAACUGCAGAACUGAAUUUGGGUGUAGUGCAGUUGUGUUAUUGCUUUCUCCUGAUCAGCAGUUAGUUUUGUGUAACUCGUACCCUUGAAAUACCAAGUGUGCUUCUCCUAGUCAGAAAUAUCCUUGGGAAUCCCUCUCUGCUGAUAAGCUACUAGCAGCAAGUUUGCAUUCAGUUCUGGGCUAGACCAGGGCGAGACGUCUCUGGGUCUGGGCAGGAGGCCUGGAAUUCCAGAGCUCUCACCUUGGCUACUCACUCCCCCACCUGCCUCAGGCACAAUUGCCUUUUUUUUUUCUUUGCUUCAGUUGCUGCACCUGUGAAAUGGAGACAAUGCCUCCUCGCAGGAAUGUUUUGCAAAUUAUGUAGGUGGAGUUGAGGACCUUCAAAGUGAAAAACUUCUUAAAAAAAAAGAAAGAGGUCUUUAAGGUAUUAUUUCAGUGUGUAGCUCAUGGAUGACCCAGCCUAGUCCCUUGCUGCCUCAAGUGGCACCACCUCAGGAGAUCCCGUUCCAGGUGUGGCCCUGGUCCUGCAGUAGCUGGGACCAGAAGGACACCAGUCUGCUGCUCAGUGGUGCUGAGCUGUUCAGUGGCUGCUCUGCCCCGCUUCUGGAAGCACUUGAUCAAAACAAGUUGAAAUCAUCACAGAAGGAUAAAGUGCGUCAGUUUAUGGUCUUCACACAAUCUAGUGAAAAGACAGCAGUGAGUUGUCUGUCUCAAAAUGACUGGAAGUUAGAUGUUGCAACAGACAACUUUUUCCAAAAUCCUGAACUUUAUAUACGAGAGAGUGUUAAAGGAUCACUGGACAGAAAGAAGUUAGAACAACUAUAUAACAGAUACAAAGAUCCACAAGAUGAAAAUAAGAUUGGUAUAGAUGGUAUACAGCAGUUCUGUGAUGACCUAGCUCUUGACCCAGCCAGCAUCACCGUACUCAUCAUUGCAUGGAAAUUCCGGGCUGCAACACAGUGUGAAUUUUCAAAGCUGGAAUUCAUGGAUGGAAUGACUGAGCUGGGAUGUGACAGCAUAGAAAAACUGAAGGCCCAGAUUCCUAAAAUGGAACAAGAAUUAAAAGAGCCAGGAAGAUUUAAGGAUUUUUAUCAAUUUACUUUCAACUUUGCGAAGAACCCGGGACAGAAAGGUUUAGAUUUAGAAAUGGCCAUUGCCUACUGGAAUUUAGUACUUAAUGGAAGAUUUAAAUUCCUAGACUUGUGGAACAAAUUUUUGUUGGAACAUCAUAAAAGAUCAAUUCCUAAGGAUACCUGGAACCUUCUUCUAGACUUUAGUACAAUGAUAGCAGAUGAUAUGUCUAACUAUGAUGAGGAAGGGGCAUGGCCAGUUCUUAUUGAUGACUUUGUGGAAUUUGCACGCCCUCAAAUUGCUGGGACAAAAAGUACGACAGUGUAGCACUAAAGGACCCUUCUAGAGUGUACAUAGUCUGUACAAAUACCUGAAAUGGAAAAUUGCACAGUCAAUUUCUGCUGGCUGGACUGAACUGAAGAUCAAUCCUCACAAUAUGGCUGAGGGUUGAGACAAACCUUUAAGGAUACAUUUUGGACCAUAUCAUAUUUCAUUCUUCUACUGGUGGUUUGGGCUUUUCUUCUAGUCUGGACCACUCUGCCCGUUAAAAUUCCAACAUUGUGGAUUUCAUCAUGGAUUUAUUUUUUGUUGGUGGAUCGCCCUAGUUUCGUCUCCCAUAAGUCUUAGAAGCUUUAUAAUUAUUUUGAGGUUUCUGAUUUCACAUAAAGCACAAUGCUGGUCAUCAUCAGACAACUGUUGUAUGGCAUCUGAAUUAUACAGAUCAACAUCAAAACAAUUUUUAAAAGAAUCCUUAAAUAUACACUUGGGGCUAGUUGCAAAGACUGUACUGAUAGCACUUCCUGCAAGAGUGAUAUAUUUAAGUGUACUGGGUCCGAGUUUUUUCUUUUCUGGAAAAGUGCAGGUGUCGUCUGAGUUUGAGUCUCUGGUCACAGCAAUGACAGCAAUGACCAAGGAGCCCCAGGGCUGGUGAUUGGGGGUCUCUGGUGCCUGGCUGAGGUUUGCUCGUGGCUCAGCUGCUCUGGGGACAGCUGGGGGACGACACAGCUCGUGCACUUCCAUCCCGUGGGCCAUGGCAGAGCCCUCAGUGGGACGAGCUGUGUGUCCUCACAGAACCCAGUGUUCUGUAGGUUACUCUCUUAAGAAAUCAGAUUUCAUUACAGUUUUGAAAUGCUUAUCUGUCUGUCAGAGAAAGGUUUUUCAUUUAUGUGGAAAUCAAACACUUGAAUAUACUGAAUUUGUGUCUUAACUGUUUGCUACACAAUACAGUAUUUUAAAUUGAGACGUGACUUUUAUGGCUGAGGUGUGAUGAAGCAAAUGGCCCUGUUGUACAAGAAGCUGGUGAGGUUGAUGUGAAUCUGGGUUUUGAAACCAUGAUCCUGGUAAGUUAAAUCUUUGUAACAUAGAGGUACUGCCAUUAUGGAUGACACCCUUUUUUAAAUUAUUUUGUUGAGUUUUCCUUAAAUUGACAUAUCACUGUGGUUGCCAAAUACAGAAAUUAAGAGUAAAGCUUUCCCAGACAAGCACAGAUCAGAUGCAAACUACUACACUGGCUUUGUUUGUUUAAAUUAUUUUGUGGAUCAUCACUACUUCUGUCUUGCUGCGUUUGACUGAAUCACGUCACUUGGAUCAAAGCAGGUUUUAGCAGAUGCAAUUCUUUAAUAAUACAAGAGCUCUUUAGCUGCUUUUAUGGUCUUUUACUCCUUACUGAGUUACUUGUGAAGAGAUUUGAUAAAUUCUGCUCUGGAAAACAGAGAGGAGACAGACCAUAGUUACAAGUGAGGAGAGGGGGUUUAAGCCCAUGCUCUAAAUAGUGCCCUGAUAAGGCCAGAAUUAUUUUUGAGAUGAGUCAUUGGUACUUGCACUAAACUGCAGCACGAUUUUUUGCAAAUGCUAGAAGGAUUUUAGGGAAAAAUUGACUAUUAAACAGCUAAAAUUUUUAUUUGUACUCUGUGCAGUUGACCUUAAGGCUGGCUCCCCUUACAGCAGUGCCCUUUUGGCAAAUCCAGUUGUGCAUUUAUUCCAAAAAUACAGCUCCUCAAAAACAUUGCAGACUUUCUCCAGCUACUGGCAUUGGCUAUGCCAAAAACUGUGUGUUUUGCUGCUUUCAGUAUUUCCUUUCUCAAUUUUGUGUAAAUAAAAAUGGGGAUUUGAAAUUAUGGGGGUGGGUGGGGUGGAAAAAAAAGCUCGACAAGGUUAUCUCUGCGUGCUGUUUUCUGUCUUGAGGGUUUUGGUACUGUUUCAGAUUGAUUAGUUCAAGUAUGCUGUGUUUGGAGAGGAGAACUGACUUGCUUUUCAUCCCAAUGCAGACUUGUCCCUCAAAAAAGUCUGGGACUGGGCAGUGGCAAAAGGCCACGGUGUUUUAGAGACUCUUCCUUUCAAAUGCAAGAUCUUUCCAACAAAAUAGUGUUGUCAUCAGUUUGGUACUACAUGCUUAUAAUUACUGUGUAAUUAUAAAGAAAUACAUAAAACUUUGACUAAUUAUGUUGCAGAAAAGGGUUAUUUGUGCUAUCAUGGCAUCUUAAAGUUUUUCAAAACGACUGAAGUUGAAAGAACAUUGAUUUAACAGGGUGUUGUUCUAAAGACAAAAUGCCUGGUUACAGGGAAUAUUUUGUACUGAAACGUGCUCGGAUGUGGCCAUGUGGUUUUUUCCUUUAUAUAUGUGUGGGGUUGUUUGGUUUUUUUUGGUUUUUUUAAGAAUGCAGCCAGUUGCUUACUUGGAUUGGUUUAAUUCCUAAGUGCUUAUGUCUUCAAUUUGAUGAUCUCCCUGCAAAUGGAUCGAUUUAAUUUUGCCAAAUGUCAAGGAAAAAAAAAAUGAAGGCAAACAUCAAGUUUGUAAGCUGUUUUUAUACAUUAAAAUAUGUACAAAAUUAGAAGUGCCCUGAUAUAAAACAAUCUUGAGAUUAUAUUUAGUAAAAACCCAUCAUUUACAUAUCUCUGUAAGUUCAAAAUGUAACUUCUUACAAUCCCUCUCAUUACCAACAGAGGCAAUAAAGCUCCAGUGAAAUUGCCAUGA